AUGAUCACACGACACACAAUACAAGGAACUGCUUGGAAACUACUACGACUAGCUCCAGUACGACUCUACACUGCUCAUACACGUCCACUACCAUACUACCCCAAGUACAACUCCCACUCAUUACCAUAUAGCCCCCAAGAACCAAAAAAUGAACUUUCACCACAGCAAAACUAUAUCCAAUCACAACCACAACUUCACGACAACAUCAUAGUGGCAAUGUCUUCUGGAGUCGACUCUUCAGUAUGUGCUGCACUAUAUGCCAAUUACCCCAAUGUACGAGGGAUAUACAUGUCAAACUGGUCGCAAACCGCCACAUGCACCGAACGUGAUUGGAAAGAUGUGCAAAAAGUUUGCCACCAAUUGAAUAUCCCCUGCGAUCGAGUCAAUUUCGAGUCUGAUUACUGGGGCAAUGUGUUUACUCCAAUGAUUGAACAAUAUCGUGCUGGGUUAACUCCCAACCCUGAUGUUGGAUGUAAUAAACAUGUCAAAUUUGGUAAAUUAGCCCAAUACUUGAAUGAGAACUAUGGUGAAGAUGAUGGUAAUUGGUGGCUAGUCACGGGCCAUUAUGCACGAGUCAUGCAAAGUGCCACCACCGGAGAAUACCAUCUACUUCGUGGUUUGAGUACACGCAAGGAUCAAUCGUAUUACCUUUCAUCAAUCCCAUCAUCAAUCCUCCCCAGAGUGAUUUUCCCACUAGGUCAUCACUUGAAAUCGGAAACGAGACAAAUGGCAACCCGUUUCAACCUCCACGUGCAAAAAAAACCUGAUUCUCAAGGAUUGUGCUUUGUUAAUCCCCAUCAAUCGAAUUUCCGUGAUUUUCUCAAUGAGUAUAUUGAACCUCAACCCGGUGACAUUGUCACUGAAGACGGUAAAGUCUGGGGCCAUCAUCAAGGGCUAUGGCAUGCGACAAUUGGACAGAAAUCAAGUGUAUCCAUGCCUCAAGGUGAUCCCAACUACAAGGGUGUUUGGUUUGUUGCGGAGAAGAAUGUCGCCAAGAAUCAGUUGAUUAUUGUUAGAGGUCAUGAUAAUCCAAAGCUUUACAAGUCAAGGGUUGUAGUUACUGAUGUUGAUUGGGUUUGUGAUGCGGGGAAAGUUUGCGCAUUAGAUUCUCAUGAUGUUGAAUUUCAACAUCAUUCAUUAUCGAAACCGACUCGAGUCAAACUGUGGAACAUUGGUGAAAGCAAGGAGAAAGUUGUUGUUGAGUUGGAGUUGCAAGAAAGUGUAAGAGCAUUGGCUCCAGGACAAGCUGGUGUGUUUUAUCAUGGGAAUCAAGUUUUAGGUGGUGGUGUUAUAUCAAAAACAGAAACAUAG